GAGCGUAUGUUCCUACUGUUCUCCUUACGUAUCUCCAAUUCCCUAUCUGGGAAAGUACAAUCAACAUCGUGUUUGCAAGAGCUGCGUUCUCUGUUAUUCCAAUUGUUUGCCAGACUUCCGGAAGAACUACGUGGCGAAUACAAAGCCGCUGUCUCCUAGUUUGAAGUCGUACGCGACGUUUGCAGAAUCAAAGUGCUGUGGCGACAUCUACAACCAUCAUCUACAUCCGAUCGAAAGACGAAGUGAUUUUGGCUAUUCAUCGUACAGCAAAGUUGGCGAAUAUCGAAUGACCCCUCUUUGGGUUCCUGAUUCGAUGUCUGCGCGCUGUUCUGAUUGUGGUUGUUCCUUUUCCCUAUUUAAGCGUCGCCAUCACUGCCGUUUGUGCGGCCGCGUGUUUUGCAAAGCGUGUUCUUCCCUCCAAGCCGAUCUCUCCGCCUACGGCUAUCCUCACUCCAAAAUGGGUCUCCAACGCGUCUGUCACGCCUGCCACGCCCUCCUCGCGCAGCCCUCCUCUCCCUGGAGCCGCCUCCCCUUCGCCAGUCAAGUUUUAAUCGCCUCGUUUCUCCCUUUGGACUCCGUUUCCGCGCUUUCCCAAGUCGACCGCGAAACGCACCGGCGUUUCACCUCCCGCGACUUCGACCAGAGCUUCUGGAAGUUCCUCUGCACGGCGGAAUCCUCGCUUCGCGAGCUGCUCGACCAGUCCAACUCGCUGCGUCUGGGCGUUCCGGCGAAGGAGGGCCAGACGAGCGUGCAUCUGAGCAUCCGCACGGUGCGCACGGCCAAAGAGGACGAGGAGGACAAGAGCGUCUUCCGCUGCACCGAUGGCUGCCGAUGGCGCCUCGAGUUCGCCGAGAAAACCGCGAUUCCGGGCAGUCUGCACGCGGCGUUGUUCUUCGUGCGGUAUUCCGUCGUGUCGCUGCGCAUCGCCGCGCUGCGGCAGCUGCGGCAGCAGAGCGUGCAGCAACCCGCGGUUAUCGCGCAGGCGGUGAAGCGGAAGGACGUGAUGGGCAGUCUGAUCCGCUGUCUGCAGUUCGGCAAUGCCCAGCUGGCUCGGAACCGCGCGAUCUCGCGAGAAAUCCUGGAGCUGAUGCUGGCGACCGCGGGGUGUCUGCUGAAUAUGACGCAAUCCUCGCGGGAAAUCUCGACGGUGUUCCGCGAGAGCGAAGGCAUCACCACGCUCAUCUCCAUCCUCCAGAACGAAGUCGUCAAUGCCCAGUAG